AUGAAUUGCUUCCAUCGAAUCCUUGACUAUUUCUUAUCAUCAGUCAAAUUGAUAAAGAACCAAGAGGUUGGCUGGCGAACUGUCAACCGCAAGACAGGGAAACAAAGUCGUGAACAACAACCCAUCUUGAAGAAAAUUAAACUACUUUUCCUGUUUAGUCGCUUCGUCGAAUGGGUUGACGUUACCCAAGCGAUGCGGCUGUGGAUUCACGACAAGACUAUACAGGAAGGUAAGAGGGAAGGCACGCCAUCCUCAGCUUUACAGAUCGUGUCAUUCGUCGACUUCUAUCAUAUUAAUAUGGAUGACUUCGACCCCUCUGAUAUUAACAAGUAUAGCACUUUUGAAGAAUUUUUUGUACGCAAACACAAACCUAACCGCCGGCCGAUCUUUGAAGAGGAUGAUCCGAGUAGGGCAGUCGUGGUCGCGGAUUCUAGACUUGUGGUAUACCCAUCUAUUGCUGAAACGCGAAAAGUGUGGAUCAAGGGCCAUAACUUCACCAUUGCAAAUUUGAUUAAUGACGAUGCGUUGGCUCAGUCGUGGUCUGAUGGCGCUGUUGCCAGCUUUCGGCUAAGCCCACAGGACUAUCAUCGCUAUCAUUCGCCAGUUCGAGGAACCGUCAGUUGGUAUAAAUCCAUUUCCGGGCAAUAUUACCAGGUCGACCCAGUUUGUUUGCAGAGUGACGUAGACAUCUUGACGGAGAAUGCACGUUGUUGCAUCUGCAUCGACACUAUUGAGUUCGGCAAGGUAUUGUACGUCGCAAUUGGCGCGACUAACGUUGGGACCGUCGAAAUCAAUGAGAAGUGCCAGAAGGCUGGCUGCCAGAUCGAAAAAGGGGAAGAAGUGGGCCUCUUUCAGUUCGGAGGAUCAAGCAUUAUCGUUGCUUUUGAAAAGGAUCGGAUUGAUUUUGAUAAGGAUUUGCUCGAUGUGAGCCGCAGGCAGGUCAUGAUGGAUGUGGAGGUGGGCAUGAGCAUGGGUAAAGCCAUGAAUGAACCAGGAGACGGCGGUAUUGGUAAUCACCAUCCUUAA